ACCCUUCUGAGAUUCCAACCUGCAAUUCCUUGAAUGUCUAGAUUCUUCUCAGAUUGUCCAAUUUACAUUAAACGCUCCAACUGCAAAUUCUGGAUUAAAAAAAUAAAAGUAUAAGCAAAAUCAAGAAUCUAUAUUUCUGAGAACCACUUUCAUCUACUGUUCCUGUUUUAAAAUGUUUACCGUUUCUAAAAGUCUAAACUUUACAUUGUAGUAAUAACGUUUCUCCCAAACCGUGUCCAACCUCCUUAAGCUGCUCGCUUUAAUGAAUUCACAGCUCUAUAAUAGGCUCGGGGCCGCUUUUGACCCGCUGAUUCCACUGACGGGAAACGGAUCUUCUUUCCAAGGCCGGGCUCAGAGCGAAGCCCAUUUAUUAAAGCGCUAUUCACAAAGUGGUGCUGGAGUGGGGUGGCGGGGAGGAGCUAUUGGAGAGGCGGGCUGGAGGCAGAGCGAUGGGAUGAUGUAUUGCCCAGUUUAAUUUGGAACAACCUUUCGGCAACUGAAGUCCGGGCUGGAUUUAAGCUUGAGAGCUCGAUCGUUUCCCGGGAUUUCCCUCUGCUCUGCUCCACGUCCCAGUGUCGAGUCGCUGGCCGCUGUGCCCGUGAUCUCCAGAAACCUCUGAGAUGUGCUGGAAAAGUUUGUAAGGCACUUGCUCGAGAGCGAGGAGGGACUGGCUACUGUUAAUCCUGGGGACUGGGGGACGGGAGAUGGCUGUGCAGGCUGCCAUCAUGAACCCCCACUUCAUCCAUUUCUGUUUCCCCCCCGGCUCCUCGGUGGAGUAUGAGUUGGAGAACGCUUACAACGGGGCCCUCCUGGGAGAGAUGGAUGGCGCCGGCGAGCUCAAAGAAACCACCAGCGCCCUGCUCAACUUUAUAGACUCGGCCUCCAGCAAUAUCAAACUGGCUUUAGACAAGCCAGUCAAAUCGAAGAGAAAAAUCAACCACAGAAAGUACUUGCAGAAACAAAUCAAACGGUGCACAGGGAUGAUCUCCGCGAGUGGCAGCGGCCCGGGACCGGGGCAAGAGCCGGGCAGCAAGAGGCAGGUUUCUCCCCCUUCUUCCUCCUCCACCACCACCGGCCAUUUCCAGUGUAAGCCGCCGCCAAAGAAGGACGGCUCGCAGUCGAGCCUUCAAAGCAAGUCGCUGGCGGCUCUCUUCGACUCGGUGCGGGACCUGCAACGAUCUGCAGCCGCCGGCAGCAGCAGCGGCAACGGCGGCGGCAACAGCAGCAAGAAGGUGCCGCUGCGAAACCGCAACUUGCCGCCGUCCUUCUUCACGGAGCCGGCCAACGUUAAGAUCACCUCCACCUCGGGCAUGUCCCUGAAAGACUUGGAGAGGGGCAAUCCGGAGGCGGCGGAGUUUUUCGAGUUGCUCGGGCCGGAUUACAGCAACAUGAUCACGGGGCAGGAGCCGUUCCCAGUGCGGGUCCCGCAGCAGGGGAGCUGCGAGCUCGGAGCCCACGACACGUACCGCGGCUUCGCCAACUUCCCGGAGCCUUGGCUCCAGUGCAACCCUUCGAAAAAGAGCCCUCCGACCGGCUGGAGCCUCGCCGCCGCCGCCGAGAGCGCCAGGGCAGCGGGCGGACUCGCCCCGCUCUACGGCAGCAGCAGCCAGCCCGCUAACACUCCGCCCAUCGAGGAGCCCCCGGGCAGUUUAGCAGCCUUCUCGCAGUUCUUCCCCGAGUGCACACUGCCACCGGUCUCUUACGAGUAUAGUCCGGGAUUUAAUUGUGGAAGGCAAACAUUUCCCGGUCUCUAAUUCGCUUCUUCAAACCCCACGAACUGUUGCAUUUGUCCAGGUGAACUGGAAAGCUCGGCAAAGGGCAAAGGGCCCUUUUGUACUUAUGAACACGAGAGGCUGAUACUCAGGCUCGGCAUGAGCGUGGAAUGAGCCGCGGCCGGCGGGGUUAACACAACACACAAGGGAACACGCAGCGUAGCGCGGGUUACAUAGACAACACCUGGCAUCUCGCUUCCUUCAUUUCUUCGGUCCAUUACUAUUCUGUGUUAGCCUAGUCCAAGAAACAAGCAUGAAAUGUAAUAAAGUUCGCCAGUGAUUGUGUAUAAACCUUGUGCUGACGUACAAAACGGGUCAUUUUCAACUGCCAAUGUCGCAUGAAACAAAAAAAAAGAAACACUACUUUUAAGAUGGGCGCUGCCCUUCAUACGCUGUGUAGAUGCAAUUGCACUUUGUGGAUUGAAGGAUCUGACCGAGUAAAUCUGUACUGAUGUGAACAAAUAGUUCUGUACGUGACAACGGACUGCAAGUCCCGCGUUAUCAUUAGACAAAACAAAAUAAUAAUAAGCGAUGUUGUAGUCAAAAUAUGUCUGAAAUUAUACAAUUUGAACGCAUAUACCAAAAUUUAGGGGAAUUAAAUAAGACAUGCUGAAAUUGUGUAAAGGGCACUAAGAUUAUGUGACACGGUUAACAAUGAACCAUAAUGGCAUUUCGUUUUGGAACAAGUAGACAUUUCUAGAUCGUGUUAUUUAUAGUAUGAAGAAAAGACUGUGUUAAUGUCGGGGAUCCGCAUUAACCAUUGAUAUUUGGCCUAUUUCUUGUUUUCCAUUUUAUUAAUCUAUAUUCCCGACUCCCUGCUGACUACAAUAUUAGUUUGCCAGUGUUAUCUUUGUUCACUUCCCAAAGAGACAAACAACUCUGUCAAGAAUAGUUCACCAGGAUAUUCAUCUUCUCCUAGUACCUGCUGUGAAUUGGGUUUUAGUGCCCUGCCUGUCUAGAAACCACUUGAUCUGUGAGUUAUUUCGAGAAAGGUACCGGUUGCCGUAACCUCUCGAACGAAGGGUCGACAGACAAAAUAAAGCUGGACUUUAUUUUCGGAA